AAAGCGAGGCUUAAUAUUACACAGACAUUGCAUUAUGACAUUAUUGAAAUAGAGGUUACUGUUGAUGACGUUACGGAAGUCUCGCGAGAACACGCUGUCAUGCGACGUGAUGACGAAAGGGUUGCUAUAGUUACCGAACUAACAUACUUUCUUGCCGAUUUAACUUUAACGUUGUAUAUAAAAAAUAUACCACCUCCACCAGGAAUACCACCUGCCAAUGUUGUAUGGGACCGCUAUGUAGUGUAUACGCGCUUAAAGCGCUGAAUUUCAUUACGUUUUACGCUUUUGAGGAGGGGCUAAUUUGGCGCAACUUUCGGCGCGGGAUAUUUAAAAACUGUACCGCCAAGACAGCGAUUCAGAAGCUUCUGAAUCCUCCAGUAGUCCUGUUGUUGUACCGCUUGGCUCGGGAAUAACUAGUAUUUUGUAGAUCUGCGUACUCUCCGUCUUAACUGUGAGCCCGUUGCCGACAUGCCUUCCCUAGAAAUUACCGGAGUUACCGAUGCAUCGGCUAUUUCUCCCUCGAAGAGGGCAAAGACCGAGACAAAGCCCGCAGAAGACCGAGCUGUCCUCCGGUUUGCAAAGCUUUCCGAGCAUGCCACGACCCCCACCCGAGGCUCGACUAAAGCAGCGGGAUAUGAUCUCUACAGUGCAUAUGACUACACCAUCGGCCCUAUGGAUAAGGCCAUUGUGAAGACGGACAUCCAGAUAGCAGUGCCGCAUGGCUGCUAUGGGAGAGUGGCACCGAGGUCUGGACUGGCAGCAAAACACUUCAUUGAUGUUGGUGCUGGAGUCGUAGAUGAAGAUUACAGAGGAAACGUGGGAGUUGUGCUCUUCAACUUCAGCAAGGACUCUUUUGAUGUGAAAAAGGGCGACAGAGUUGCUCAGCUGGUGUGUGAGAGGAUCUGCUACCCAGAUCUGGUGGAACAAAAGACGCUUGAUGAGACGACGCGUGGUGCUGGAGGUUUCGGAUCGACUGGACGCAACUGAAAACUAAAAAAUAAUCCAGAAAAUCAAAUAUUGUUACUUUUGUAAAUAAAGUUGUUGCUGUUUUGUACUUUG